GGAGACUAAUCUUGACGUGAACUAGUUAGCAGAGUACAAAAUAUGACGCCUAUCUUGUUUUUAGUUUUGUUUCGACAUAAUUUUGCCAUGAACUACGUUUGUUUGUAUGAAGUUAACUGUGAAGACAUGUCCGAUCACCAGUCCACAAGACACAUUAGGUCGAUACCUGUUGUGGCUGCUAUAUCCAGUUCAUUAUUGUGGCUUCUAGUUACGACAAAGAUCCGUCUGGUCGCUGCUUAUGUUCAUGAAUAUGGUACCAACAUCAAGUUGGCCAGUAGUAAAGGGGUUACGGCUGUAACUACUGCCACAUGGAUUCAAUUCACGUUGACAAGGACUAUUUACAAUGUUUGGGUUAUAGGCAAAGAGGUAAAACCACUUCUUUUCAAACAAGAAUAAACAUGAACAUGUUUUUUGUGUAUGUGUAUCAGUGCAUAUAUUUAUAUAUGAUUAUUCGAAAACUUGAAUAUUUACUAUGAUAUAUUCUUCUUUUAUUUAAUUUUUAUUUUUGAUUUGUAGAGUACUUCUUGGUGCAAAUAUGUUAUAUUGUCUUUUUUACACAAGUUUUGAAAAUAGGAAACCGAUAUACAUAAAAGGAAAAAUUAGGUCUUUCUCGGUUGUAGCUUGCUUUCUCGCUCCAUCUCCCUUCUUAUACUAUUAAGAGAUUUUUGAUUUGUAGAGUUAAUUAAUCACAAGUAGCUAUGCAUUGGAGAAGCCUUCCGGGGGAUUUGGUUGAGGAUAUACUCUCUAGGGUUUCUGCUAUACCUUUGGUACGACUCCGAGAAACAUCGAAACAAUGGAACACUAAAUUGAAAAGUGGGAACUUCGCUAAGAUGCACGCUGCUCAUGCACCAAAGGAGGAGUCUCUGAUGAUCACGUUGAUUGAUCAUAGGGUUUGCUUAGUAAAGAUCAACGUCCAUGAUCCAUCUGUUAAGGUUGCACCUCAUGCAUUAUACCUGAAAGAUCCUCUUUCUGAUUCUUCCAAGGAAGUCGACAUAAGUAACGUUUUUCACUGCGAUGGCUUAUUGUUAUGCACCACAAAGGACAAGAGACUCGUGGUUUGGAAUCCAUGUUCAGGGGAAACCAAGUGGGUUAAACCUAGAGACAGCUACAAGAAAACCGACUACUAUGCUCUCGGUUAUGACAACAAAUCCUCCAGCAAGCAAUACAAAAUCUUGAGGUUGGAUCGUCAAGAUAGACCAAAUAAGAACGUGUACGAGAUUUAUGACUUCACCUCUAAUUCGUGGCGUGUUCUUGGUGUGGCUACUGAUUGGUUUUUAGCAAAAUAUCGUGGUGGCAUAUCUGUGAAGGGAAAUACUUAUUGGGUUGCUACUCAAGCAGCAGAGAAGCCAUACCAUGAUUUCAUACUAAGCUUUGAUUUUUCAACCGAGAUGUUCCAAAAUCUGUCUCUUCCUCAUCCUUUUCCGUAUGGUAUAUCGUCUUUAUCAGUGGUGAGAGAAGAGCAACUUUGUCUCUUAGGUGCUAAACGUCACAUGCUUUAUAUGGAUGAUGGUGCAAGUUUUUCAGAUUUACAAGUAUGGGUGAUAACUAGUACUGGAUCAUGGAACAAGUUCCUAGCAUUGUAUAAUACAACUAGUUAUCCGUUUUCUAAGGGGAUGAGUUUUUUGGCAGACGAGCAGAACCAAGUUGUAGUGUUUUUAAACACCAAAAGCAUUUUACACGUUAUGCGACAAAAUAAACACAUACUAGAGAAACAUCUUGGUGGAAAAUCCUCUGUUCUUCUGAAUUAUGUACCAAGUUUGGCUCAAAUUCAAGAAGCUACACUUCCUGGAGGACGCAAAAGGAAAGCACCAAGCACGUGAAAGGGUAUUUGUGACACGAAUCUAUCCAAUUGUCUUUUUUUUUUCCUUGUGUGUGUGUUUUUCUAAAUGAAUUUAAGGUUUAAGAUUAAGAGCAAUAUUGCAACUAACAUUAUAUAAAAGCUUUUGCGUAGACUGUCAUUAGUAUGUUUCUUGUAAGAGAUAGAGGUACAAUGCCACGAGUUAAAGAAAGAAAACGAUGAUUUCAAGACCGUUAACCAAGUUAUAGUGAACAAAAACAUCAAUAACGAAGAGAGACCGGGCAAAACCUGCAGAUGAAGUAAACCGGAUUGAUCCAAUCAAAUAUAAAUCUAUUUACUUAUAUAAAAGUUGGCAGGAGAUGAAGAUUCGCCUGACUAAAAAACACGUCAAUUUUUAGGGGAAAUAUUGGAUAGACAUAUAUAAUUAUUAUAGAU